CCGCGGCUGAGCCGGGACCGACCUAGGGCGAGGGAGCUGGUAACUGGGACCUCCCCCUUCCCAGAGGGGCCAAUAGUUCAGUCCAACAUGGCUGCCACCAUGAAGAAAGCGGCUGCUGAAGAUGUCAAUGUUACUUUUGAAGAUCAACAGAAAAUUAACAAGUUUGCAAGAAAUACCAGCAGGAUUACAGAGCUGAAAGAAGAAAUAGAAGUUAAAAAGAAACAACUUCAGAAUUUGGAGGAUGCAUGCGAUGACAUGAUGAUGCUUGAUGAUGAAGAUUCAAUACUGAUACCGUAUCAGAUUGGUGAUGUUUUUAUCACUCAUUCUCAAGAUGAGACACACGAGAUGCUGGAGGAGGCAAAGAAAAACUUACAAGGAGAAAUUGAAGCGUUAGAAUCUCGAGUGGAAUCAAUUCAGAGGGUAUUAUCUGACCUGAAGGUUCAGCUUUACGCAAAAUUUGGAAACAAUAUAAACCUUGAAGCUGAUGAUAGUUAAUUUUUUCCUAAAUACACAGUAUGCAGUUUUUGGUAUUGGUUUAUUAAAUGUGAUUCUUGACAUUUCCUUUCUUUCCAAUAAUGUUUUUUUAAAAAAAUCCCACUCAUUUAUUUUAUGGCUUUCCAGUCAUGAGUUCUACCUAUAUAACGAAAGCUUUCUUAUUUUGCUUGCCUACAACUAUUUAUUUGUUUCAGGAAAAGCAAUAGCCUUCCAUGUGUUGCUGAUGCACAUCAAGAUUGAGGUCUUUACAUUCUCUUUAUUAAAAUAAUAAUUAAGUCAAGCAAA